UCCAGUUAUAGAAUCCAAAGAGUAAAAACAAUGCAUCCCCAAAGAUUCCAUAUGGGAUUCAAAGUUUGACUUUAAAGUUUUUGUUGAAAAAUUAACAGUAACAAUCACAGUGGAGCUUGUGACAUUUUUGAUAUCUUCUAUCUUGAAAUGGGUCAAACUUCUCAUCUGGGUGACUAUCAACAAGUUGAUACUGAAUCAAGUACGUAUGAAUCGAAGAAAGAAGAUGACACCUACACAAAAGAUGGGACUGUGGAUUACCUUAAGAAUCCCGCUAAUAAGAAAAAAACCGGAACUUGGAAGGCCUGUGGCUUCAUCUUAGGAAAUGAAUGUUGUGAAAGAUUGGCAUAUUAUGGAAUGAGCUCCAAUUUGGUACGGUAUUUUAAGUAUCAUUUGAAUGAGCAUAGUGCAACUGCUUCAAGAAAUCUUUCAACUUGGACUGGGACUUGUUAUCUCACACCAUUGAUCGGAGCAUUCAUUGCUGAUACUUAUCUUGGACGAUAUUGGACGAUCGCCACCUUCUCGAUUAUUUAUGCGAUUGGCAUGGGCAUGUUAACAGUAUCGGCAUCAGUGCCUGGCCUAAAACCUACAUGUGAUGAGAACGAUGUUUGCAGUGCAACAAAAGCUCAAAUUGCCCUGUGCUUCACAUCUCUUUACCUCGUGGCACUAGGAACUGGAGGAAUCAAGCCGUGUGUAUCAUCUUAUGGUGCGGAUCAGUUUGACAGUCAUGAUGAAGAUGAAGAAAAACAAAAGAGUUCUUUCUUUAACUGGUUUUAUUUUGUUAUAAACAUUGGUGCACUUAUUGCUCAUUCCGUCUUAGUUUGGAUCCAAGACAAUGUGGGGUGGGGUUGGGGGUUCUUUGUUCCUACCAUUGCUAUGGUCAUUGCCAUUGCUUCAUUCUUUUCGGGUACUAAGUUGUAUCGGAACCAGAUACCUGGUGGCAGCCCUCUUACCCGUAUAUGCCAGGUGGUGGUUGCCUCUUUUAGAAAGAAAAAGAUCCAAUUUCCAUCAGAUAGUUCGCUCUUAUAUGAGACUUCAUAUUUUGGUUGUUCUAGUGCAGAAAACUGCAAGAUUGAACGCACAUUAGAUUUUGUUUUUCUCGAUAAAGCAGCUGUGGCUACAACCUCUGAUCAUACAAACGGGUCGAUCGAUCCGUGGAAGCUAUGCUCAGUAAGCCAGGUCCAGGAAUUGAAAGCGGUACUACGGUUGCUUCCAAUUUGGGCAACCGGCGUCAUGUUCGCCACAGUUUACACACAAAUUGGUAACCUAUUUGUAUUGCAAGGGUCCACUCUGGACACUCACAUAGGCCUGUCCAGUUUCAAGAUUCCACCAGCUUCACUUGGGAUUUUCGACACACUUAGUGUAAUAUUCUGGGUUCCCUUAUACGACCGUGUUAUUGUUAAUGUAGCCAGGAGGGUCACUGGUCAACCUAACGGGUUGACCCAACUCCAACGUAUCGGGACAGGCCUCUUCAUUUCCAUAUUCAGCAUGCUCUGUGCUGGGAUUCUGGAAGUCAUUAGGCUCAAUAUGGUGUCUAAAAACAAUUUCUAUGAGAUUGAGCAGAUUCCCAUGUCGAUAUUUUGGCAGGUACCUCAAUACUUUUUUAUGGGGUGUGCUGAAGUCUUCGCAAAUAUCGGACAAUUGGAGUUUUUUUAUGAGCAAGCUCCUGAAUCGAUGCGAAGUUUAUGUGCUGCUCUCCAACUAACAAUAACUGCCCUCGGGAGCUAUGUAAGUGCUUUACUUGUGACCAUUGUCACGUUCAUCACCACUCGUGAUGGUAACCCAGGGUGGAUAACAGACAAUCUCAACUACGGGCACCUCGACUAUUUCUUCUGGCUUUUGGCUGGUCUUAGUGUUGUGAACUUGGGAGUUUUCAUCGUGUUGGCUCAGCGGUAUACGUAUAAAAAAUCUGUUGCAGUUGUUUGCUAAAAUCAGCAUGAUUUCGGAUACACGCAUAAGAAACUUGUACAUAGAGCAAUAUGGGCUGUACUUAAAAAUAUAUAGUAUAAACUAGGAUUCUACAUUUGUGGUUCAAAGAAGGAUCAUUGUUUAUAAAUUAUGAACAGGUGGGAUAUUGAAAUAUAUAGUAUGUUUUAUAUUUAGGAUUUUAUAA